GGAAUAGUAGGGUCAAAGCAGCUAACAAUCAGCAGAAAUGACAUUCAAACUACCUACGGACAAGCUUGGGAUCCCUUUGCUCGGGAUCGGGUCUGGGACCUACUACUUCAAGCGGUCGCCGGACUUGCCACCAAACGAGCAACUAGUGUCGAUCUUCACAACAGCCGUGGAGAAGGGUUUUGUUCACCUUGACUCCGCUGAGGUGUACGGGAAUGACGCCGAGUUAAAGGCAAGCUUACAGAAACUUCUUGCUGGCGGGAAGAUAAAGCGGGAGGACAUCUUCAUCACAGACAAGUACUUUGCCGGUGACGGGUCGUACACGGCACACUCAAAGCAUAAGAAUCCGUAUGAGCGGCUCACGCAGCUCUUGGCAGACCUCGACACACCAUACGUGGACCUCUACUUGCUCCAUGCGCCGUUCAUCAAGAAGGAAACCCACGGCUUUGACUUGAAAGAGGCGUGGGCGUUUUUGCAGCAGGCGCACGACGAGGGCCUUGCCAAGCGCAUCGGCGUCUCCAAUUUUGCUGUCGAGGACCUCAAGCAAAUCUGGGACAGCACCAAGACGAACCCACAGGUCAACCAGAUUGAGUUCAACGCCUUUCUCCAGGAGCAGACUCCGGGCAUCGUCGAAUUCUCCCAGAGCAAGGGGAUUGUGGUCGAGGCGUACUCGCCGCUCAGCCCAAUCACCGCCGCUGACCUCACGCAAGGCGCCGGUCUUCAUUUUGCUGAGUACCUUGACUCCCUAGCUUCCAAAUAUGCGAAGACCCGUCUUCAGGUCUUGCUCCGCUGGGUCAUCCAGCGGGACAUUGUCCCCGUCACGACGACGUCCAAACCCGAGCGUUUCGCCGAGUUUGAGGGCGUUUUCGGCUGGCAACUCGACGACGCAGAGGUUUCCCACCUAUCCAAGCUAGGCGCCGCCUACAAGCCGCCGCUCCGCAAGUACUGGAAGCCCGAGUACAGUAAGUAUGACAAGUAGCCAUUCUAGUUAGUGUAAUACAAUACAG